AAAAUUCCAAUGCAAGUUUUUCAUUUGAGAAGUUAUAAAGGAUGUGAUGAAAAUGUUACCCUUCUUCAGGCAUGUUAUGACAAUCCGUUGUUUCAACAAGAAGAGUCGAAGUUCAAUCCAGAUGGAGUCCUGGAAAAGAAACCACGCUCCAAGGACUACACUCCGGCCGAAGACAUCCCAGAAAUUGAAUUCCAAGAAAAAGAUGAGGCCAAGAGAAAAAGAAAGUUGUGUCUCAUUGGAUUCAUCAUCUGUUGUGUAGCCGUCAUUGGAUUUUUAGUUGGAUAUUUAAUCAGUUCCGCACAAAAAAAAGACACGACAUAUCCCCCUGUUUAUACAGCCAUCACCACAACUCACGUGCCUUCAUUUUCAUUCAAGACAGAUACCUUUAAUGGAAGCCUGCUUAUAAUAGCCGGGCCCUACUCUAAUUACAACACAGAAUAUUCAGAUAAAACCUCAAUUGCAUACCAGUAUUUUUCUAGGACAUUUUUAUAUCAGAUGAAAUUAAUUUUCUCAAAAAGUCCAUUCCGAUCACAGUACAGCUCUACAAUCAUUAACGAAAUUAGAUCUGGAAAUGGGCAAUUGUCUAGCGUCCUCUACAGCAUAAAAUUUACUUCGCCAAUAAAUGUCUUCAAUUGGACGGAAUCAUCGCUGGUGUCGCUACUAGUUUCCGGACUUGGAAGUGGAGUGAUCCAAGCGUCGCCGGAUUCGAUAAAAAUUACAGCGCUCAGGACAGAAACAACAGUGCUUCCUUCUGUAUCACCAGGACAGUGCUUUAAAGUUAGUGUAAAUCACUGCGUUAAUCACACGACCUACACUCUGACAACUCUUCCAAACGCAUUCGGGCACAGCACACUACAAGAAGUAGCAGAAUCUUCGUCAAAGUACGCUGAAAUUUUCGACGGAUUUUGUUAUGGAUAUGCUAAAGAUUUCUGGUGCUCAGCGUAUAACCCUGAGUGCAAAAAUAAUCAACCAGUAUUGCCGUGUAAACAAUAUUGCCAAGACGUUAAAUCAGCUUGCGAAAAUACAUCAUUUCCAUUAGAUUGUAACAGUCUACCAACUUCCAACUGCCGAGAAAACCCAUUCAAACCCGGAAAAUGCGUGGAUGUUCCAUAUGGGCGAAAUUAUAAUACCUGCAUUAAUUUAGGAUUUACCCAGUCUGCUCUACCAAAUUACGAUCUUGAAAUCAACUUCCCGAAGCCCAAUAUGAUACUGGAUCUAGUUUUCUCUAUGCAAAGAAUGACGAAUUGUUAUAAACAUUCAGAGUUGUUUGGGUGUUCUGUGUUUGUUCCGAAAUGUUCAGGAUCAGAGGUGGUUCCUUAUCAUACCAUACCGCCAUGCCGAUCUCUCUGUGAAGAAUACAAGAAGAACUGUUUCACGUUCUGGGAGAUCUUUUCUACUCCAUGGCCUAGGAAUCUAACGUGUUCUUCUUUACCUGAUGUAAAUGACACAUCUAUCUGUAUCGGUUACAACGAGGCUCACCAACCACUAGAAAUUAAAGAAUGCCAGUCAAACCAGAUAUCAUGUGAUACUGAUCGUUGUAUCGAUAUAUCGUUCUUGUGUGACGAUUAUCGCGAUUGUGAAGAUAACGCUGAUGAAGCUCAUUGUGCUGCGUGCUCCACAGGAGAAUACAAAUGUAACCCUGUGUCCAGUCUCUGUAUCAAGCACUCUGAGGUCUGUAAUGGCGUCCCAGAUUGUUAUGAGGAGGUGGAGGAAGCUGAAUGUAUAAAAUUGGGGAACGGAUCAGAUAGUGGCGUUAUUCAGGUUUACAACUCCGUAUCAGAUGACUGGGAAGAAGUCUGUGCGGACGAUUGGAAUGAGACGUUAAGUGACCUUGUCUGUCAACAACUGGGAUAUAGGGGAACAAGAACAACCAUUUUCAAGAACAAAACUACAACCACGGCAAAACUAGAUUUUCAAAAUGUAAAUGGAUCAGCUAACACAAAUUGGUUGCAAUCAUUCCUAAGAAAAGGUUCUACGUGUACCGGAAACAAUGUUGUCCAUUUACAGUGUGGUCAUCCUGUCUGUGGAACACGACCAGCCCAUUUCCAGUCCGCUCUCCGUAUUGUUAAUGGAAAACAAGUCAAACCCGGUACAUGGCCUUUUCAUGUGGGUCUGUAUGGGGGCAGAGGGAUGCGUUACUUUUGUGGAGGAAGCAUCUUAAACCAGAACUGGGUCGUUACUGCUGCCCACUGCCUCGGAGGCAAAACAACAACUGAUGAUUUAACUAUAAUUGUUGGUGACACAAGGCGAUUUGCUUAUAACAGAUAUAGACAGCUUAAGAAAGCUAAGUCAUUGCAUGUCCACGAAGCAUAUUCCUCAGAGACUGUGAUGAAUGAUAUAGCCCUGAUACAACUGGCUUCACCAGUGUACUUCAGUGACUAUGUAAGGCCCCUUUGCUUGCCUGAUAACACGACAGUUGUUGGUACACGCUGUUUUGCCGUAGGCUGGGGUAAAGUCAAACAAAAGGCUGCGGAUUAUGAACCGGUCUUGCGACAAGUCAAUUUGGAUGUAGCAUCUUGGCAAGGAUGCAAGCAUGCUAUAGCUACUUCCGGUAUUCAGACUCCUUACAAACUUUCAGAGGACAUGAUGUGUGCUGGCGGAACUAGAGGCCACGAUUCAUGCCAGGGAGACAGUGGAGGUCCAUUAAUGUGUCCUAUGGAAAACGAGCCAGACACGUGGUAUGUAGCGGGAGUGACGUCAUGGGGACUUGGUUGUGCUGUGCCAAAUGUUCCUGGAAUUUACACCGAGGUUUUUAAGUUCAUUGACUGGAUAAGAAAUAUCACAAAUCUUGAACUUCCCAUUGAAUACGGCAUAAUUUGAUUUAUUAUCAAGACGAUCAUAUCUGAAUCUAGAUUUUUUUUUUCGAAUUUCAUAACGUUUUUAAUGAACAGAAAUCCAAUUUCAUUUUUGAUGCAAUGCAUGUCACGGACGAUCUCAUUGUUUAUUUCUUACAUGAUAAAAUAUAUUUUUUUUACACAUUUGUUUUACCAUGGUUUUGUC